AUGAGCAAGCCCGACCUAGUCUACGCCGACGAGCGGCGCUUCCUCGACGAGCGCGGCUCCUCGGCCUCGCUGGCGCCCAACGGCGAGAACCCGGCCACGAUCAUGGAGAAGGCCGUGCGCGAGCGCAUCAUCGACUCGUACUUUUACAAGGAGCAGUGCUUCGCCGUCAAUGAGGCCGACAUUGUCGACCGCGUCGUCGAGCACGUCUCCUUCAUCGGUGGUACCUACGGCGUCACGCAGAAGCCCACGCCCUUCCUGUGCUUGGCCUUCAAGCUCCUGCAGCUCGCGCCCUCGGACGCCGUCCUCGAGACGUACCUCGGCUUCGGCGGGGACAAGUUCAAGUACCUGCGCGCGCUGGCGUGUUUCUACAUCCGCAUGACGAGGAAGCCGAGGGACGUCUACCUCCUGCUCGAGCCCUUCCUGGAGGACCGGAGGAAGCUAAGGCGGAAGGGCCGGCAGGGCGCGAGCCUGACGUACAUGGACGACUUCGUCGACGACCUCUUGACCAAGACGAGGGUGUGCGCGACCAGUUUCAGGGAGCUGCCCAAGAGGUCCGACCUCGUGGACCUGGACGAGCUGGAGGAGAGGAUCAGCCCGCUGGGGGAUAUCGACGAGCUGCUAGAGGAGGAGGAGGAGAGAAAGGCCAACGAGAGGGAGGCCAACGCCGGGGCAAACGGCGCGGACGGGUCGUCGGAGGGGGAGGUUGCGGAGGAUAGAAGCGGCGACGGCGAGCCGAUGGAUGUGGAGAGGCGGUCGGGAUCACGGUCGAGGUCGAGAUCAAGGAGCAGGCAGAGGUCCCCCUGA